UGCGCAGUGUUCGACUCGAAGAUAUGUAGCCGCCAUGUUUGCUUUGUAAUAGUUAGAAUCGAUUUGUCGACGAAUAACCAAAUUGAAAACUACAACAAGUGAUUUAUUAUCGUUUGUGUAGAUAGUCAACGACGAUAAACGCCCUACGUUGAUGAAAAGCUCAUUAUGAGCUCAGAAGGAACUCGAGAUGUGGAUGCUAAAGGUGGCGAUAGCUUUGUAAAUGUACUGGAUGACAUCCUUGACCUUGAUGGCAAUGUAGGAGAGGAUGAACUGACAGCAGAAAUAAACCAAGAAAAAGAGGCAUCUGAAAUUGCAGUGGAAGAGAAAACAAUUGUCAAAGCAGAUCAGACUAAGAAGAAAACAGUUGUAAAAAAGACAGUUCCCAAAUCCAAACCAACCACAAAGAAAGUGGUGAAAAAAACAGUUGUGAAGAAGGAAGGGUCUGCUAAUUCUGCUGUAAAGAAAUCGGCCACACCCUCGAAGACAGUUCCAGCCAAAACUGUGAAGAGAAAAUCUACUCCAACUGAGAGACCUGCAGUGUCCAAAAAGUCAGACCCGGGAGACCUUGCCACUGAAGUGCCAGAAAAGGUUGCUAAAGUUGAAAAACCCAAAACCAAAGUCGUGAAGAAAGUAGUGAAGGCUAAACCUAAGCCAAAGAAAGAAGUCCAAACAAAGGUUAAACAAGAGCUGGUUGAGGAAGACGACAUUGGUGGUGACGAGUCGAGAGAAGAGGGUCAGGGAGACGAGUCUGAGGACCGCAUCCACCUGAGUCUCAGUGCCGAGGAGUCCGAGGAACUUCGGCAGAGUGGGGAGGUGAUGGACAAUCAGGGCUACGACACCCGUAGUGAGACCGGCAGCACUGGGGAGGAGUCAAUGGCCAGUGACAGUGAACCUAACACUGAUGGUGAGGCCAGCCCCAAGAAAAAGAAGCCCAAACAUGGAGGGAAGAAGAAACGCCAGAGAGAGAUAUCUCCUAUAGAGUGGGACCGACAGAGUGAAGAGAGCGAGGAAAAUGAUAUCACUGAUGCCAGUGAGGAGAGUGAGGAGGAUGAAGAGAAGAGCGUGAAGAGCGGAGAAGGUGGCAAGAGUGACAGUGAGACAGAAAGGCGAAGAUAUGCCAGCAAGGUGAAGUAUCUCUUUAAGGGAGCCAGGUACUUUCUUAUCAAGAGUAACAACCAUGAGAAUGUAGCUCUUGCCAAAGCUAAGGGGGUGUGGUCUACGCCACCUCAAAAUGAAGCCAAGCUCAACCAAGCUUACAGGGAAAGUAAUAAUGUGAUUCUAAUCUUCUCGGUGAAAGAGAGCGGCAAAUUCCAAGGGUUUGCUCGUAUUGGUGAGGAAUCAACCAAGGAUCACCCUCCCAUCAGAUGGGUUCUACCCCCAGGGAUGAGUGCCCGUGCACUGAGUGCUGUCUUCAAGCUGGACUGGGUUGGGAGACGAGAACUACCUUUUACAAAGGCAGCUCAUCUCCAUAACUCCUGGAAUGACAACAAGCCUGUGAAGAUAGGAAGAGAUGGCCAGGAAAUUGAACCUCGAUGUGGUGAAGCCCUGUGCAAGAUGUUUCCACCGGACAACAAGCUGGACAUCAGUUCAAUUGUACGCAAAGCUCGGAGAUCCCGUCAUCUUGUACGUCCGGAGAGACCCCGUGACAGACCAAGGAAUCCGCGCUUCAACGACAUGGCUAGACGACGACGACACAGUCGAGAGAAUUUUUAUGAAGGACCUCGAAACAAGAGAAGCAGAGGUGACUUUGGUGGCAGAGAUGGAUUUUUCAAGGACAAAAGAAUGGAGAGAGGACCUCGUGGCUUUCCAGGUGUUCGACGUGAAACCUUCCUCAAUGGGUCCUACAGUGACUACAUGAGAGAGUUUGCCCACACCCGCCCUCCAGUUCCACCUAUGACACCAUAUGGCCCACCGCCACCUGGCUACUUCGAGCCCCCACCAUCAUACACCACCCACUAUGACAACCGUGCACCCCGGGACUUCAUGUCCGGCCCCAACUAUGGAGAUAUGUCCAUGAACAGACAACGGAGGGAUGGCAGAGAACCAGAUAAACGCUCGUACGAGAGAGAAGUGAAUGAAUUUCUUCGACGAACAAGUCAUGGCACUCUGGGCGGUAGUCGAGAUCGGGAACGAGACAGGGAGCGUGAUCGUGAUCGAGAAAGGGAUCAUGAUAGGGAUAGGUCACGGGAGAGGGACAGACGUCAUCGAGACCGUCGAUGAUGGGAUGUGGAGAUAUACGCAUGUACAAAGUGGGUUCAGUGCUCAUGGGGUUGUGUGAAUGAGGGAUAGUCUGAGAUGUGUUCAACAUUGUUGAUACCCAAAUGUGGUCAAAAUAUUGCAUAGACAUAGAUAGGAAGGGCAGUAUUUAUCUGGCCUGGUUCAAUAUUUAGUUUACAUAUGGAAAUGCCAAGUCUCAUGAAGGAAGGGCAAGUAUUGAUUACAAUAAGGCAUUACCUAAUUUGUGUAAAGAUAUUUCUGGUGUGUUGCAUGUUAUGUGGCAUGUUGGAUCACAUAGUAUGUUGAUGAAAGAAAGAAUAAUGGAGGGUGAAUGUUAACUCAUCUGAACAAAAUAUAAAUGUUGAUAUCAAUCUGUACUGUCCAUUAUUUUAAUCCAUAUGCAAAUCUCCAAUCUAUAGUUGCAGUGUUUGACACUAACACUGGUCUACUUGGCCGAGUUUGGCAUAUUUUCUUAAGGACCAGUAAAAUGAAAUAAAUCAUGGUCUGAUGUUAUUUUGGGGGAUGAACAAAGUAAUUAAAGUUAGUAACACUUUUGAAAUCAGUGUUAGAUGGACUCAAAGCCAAAUCAGCUACCUAAACAGCCCUGUAUAGUGGUUACUUUCUUGACUGGUUCUAAUAAUGCACGCUCACUUGUAUGAACAGGAUAAAGUAUCUGCAAACAUGGGAAGGGAACUAAUGAAUCUUACACACAAUAUAUGGGAAAAGGCUAUGAGUUGACCUGCUGCAAACAAAUAAACCUCUGAAGUUAACCAGCAUUAAUUUGUCUUUUAUUCCUGCCAUUUGGUAAACAUUCAUUUUGUAGAAUUCAAAUAAAGUAAUAUCAUUUAGGUCCUGUUUCAGUCAGCACCAUUGUGUCGUAUAAAGAACCGACGGGACCAGUAGGCUUUUCUAGGUGCUGGUCCUUAGAACCACUGACAUAUUUUGGUCAGUGUCAAACACUGAGUUGUCCUCAAGAUCUGCUAGUUAUACUGUUAUAACAUAUGACAUCAUUGCAUUUAUGAAAAUUAAUUGUGGUGCACAAGUGCUGUCUUUAGACCAAUGCAUAUAUUUGAAACAAUUCAUCUGAGUACCUUUGGAUAUAUACAAUGUCCAAGUUUGUAUUGAUAGUGAUGGAGAAUGAUUAUUGGAUUAUUCUUAUUUUAUUAUUAAUCUAGUUUUGUUUGUGCUUUUGUCAUUUGUUUCAUAAGCUGAAUGUGAUGCAAGUAAACCCUUAUAGAUCUUAGUAUACAAUAUUUUGAUAGUUUGUGUUCUGGAACUGUUAAACCUUAAUUGGAAAUGCUUCUCAUACCACAUGAGAAGUUUUGAUAAUUAUUGUAUAAAUCUGAGAUACUUUCACAGAAGGGACAAACUUUGAAAUUUGAUUAUGCCAUGAAAAGGCUGGUUUAGAAUGUGUACCUAUACAUUUACCUUAAAGUGUGUUUUACACCCAUGGUACUAUUAAAACCAAUAUACCUUCACUCUUUUUGUAUUAAUUGUGAUCAGAGACUAUUUGUAUGGUUAUACAUUGCUUUCAACGUUUGAUUGGGGGAGUAAAUGGGUUGAUGAGGACUACAAUUGUUUGUAGAUACAACAUUGACCAUUCGUGGUAUGUGAAUAUAAUUGGUAUGUCAUUACCCAGACAGAACAUGAAUGGUGUGUUUGUUUUAUCUCGUUUUUUGCAUGCUCAUGCAAUUAAUCAUAUCAGAAUAUUUUGGAUAUGGGAAUUCAAGUACUGUGUUUUCACCAGAACAAAAUGAGGGCACUUGGUGUUUGCAGUAUUUGCAGAUGCUGUUCUGUCCAUACCAGUGUAUUGUUACAUAAACAGUGCUUUUGUACCACACUCUGUGAUGAUGAUCUAGUGCAUUUACCACAAUUUACAAUGGUCACUGUUGCCCUUCAUAUGUCAGACAGAUGACUCUGGACAUUCAAAUGCCUUAAGAGUAUUUGCAUUGAUGUUGUUCUUUACUUGUAAAGAAAACUUGAGAUUUGUUUUGCUGUCUUGAUCUGUGACCAUCUUACUGUUUCAUAUCCAGUCUCAUCAUCACUCAUUGUGCGGAAGAGAUAAAGAUAUGAAAUCCUGUAGACGUUAAUUUGUUUAUAAGCCUUAGUCUCUGCUGAAAUCCUGUGAAACUCUAUAAUGAUAUUGUAUUAUUUCCCCAAUCAUAUUAAGGCAUCACAUUGUGUUAUUUCAGUGUUUGUUUACUGUUUGAACAAAUUGAGAUAAUUUUCAAGAAUGUCAUAAAUUGAAACUACUUUUACUGUCACUGGUUAUUAACUUUGUUAAACAGGUUACAGGUGGGUGAUCAGAUUUGCACAGUCACAUUUCCAAUGGCCUGUUUUUUAUUGCAUAUUUUGAUAAAGACAUAUUUUAUCUAUUAACCCUCAGUUUUUAUUGAUAGAUUUUCUUUUUUGACUGGACAUUGUAACAGAUGUUCAUAAGAGACCUCCUCAGAUAGACGAAUUGUUCCUCUUUACUUUGUUUAGAUAUUAACCUCCAAAUCUGAUCUUGCACAUGUAUGCAUGAACAGCAAUUUAUUCUUGAACAAUUAUUUUAUAUUUUUAAUUUUUUUUCUAGGCAUUCUUGUCAUGUUGGUUAUGUGGUUUGUCAUACUUAGCAAUAACUAUAUGGAUGUGUCAGAACUAUAAAAACCAUGUCAAAAAGGUUGUCAAAGAAUAUCACAGAAAGUGGAGUACAUUUUGUGUGUGGUUGAAUUACAUAAUUGAAAUGGAAGGUGAGCAAAACAGGAAGAGGAGAAUGCUUGUGGUUAAGUAUUGUCAGAUGUAAUAAGUUCAUUAUUUACCAUCAUACAUUUGUAUCAUUGCAGAACCUUAAUUACCUGUCAGUAAAAUUAUUUAUUUUCUGAUUAUUUAUAUAUUAUAUAGUAAUAAGUUAUGUGGAAUAAUGAGGACUGUUCUCUCUUUGAUCAGUGUAUGGUGAACUUUACAAACAGACAGUGUUAUCUGAAGCAAGACAGGCCACUUGAAUCUUUUGACACCUGUGGACAAAAGUAUGUUCGAUAAACACCAAGGAAAAUCAUACUGUCCGAUGUCAUUCUGACAGAUACUGAAAUUAAGGCCGGUUCGUUCAGUAUUAAUACAUGGUGUGGAAUUGUGAGCUCAGGUUCUGCUACUUGCUGUGCAGAGUAGGUCUCCUGGCUAUAUGAGGAUCUUCAGUUAUGGGUUAGAAUAGCAGAUUCUCACACAUUUGCUAUGGUCCAUCCACGCUGUUAUUGUGCUUGUGGGGUUUCCCAAAAUGAUAAAUGUCAAUGAUCUGCACCAUUUUGAGCUUCCCCCCACAUUAGCUCAAUAAUGUAACUGAACUGAUCAAACUCUCUCUCUCCCUUGCUUGUAGUUACUUUCAGCUUCCAUUAAUUUUAGUCUUUUUUGUUUUAUACAUUAAAUUUGAAUACCUUAGCAUUGAAAGCAAAGUCUGUUUUAUCUUUUCUGAUAGUCAUCUUUUGGUUUUAGAAUGUUUAAAUUGGAUGUAAGUUUUAAGAACUUACAAAGUGCCCUUUCCUUGGUGUAAUAGCUAAUGUACUGAGCCAAAGAAUAAUAUUGUAGAUCCAUAUAUUUCAUUGGUUGGUUCAUGACCCAGUCAUUUUGUACAUUCAUCUGUCUCAUUGUUUUCACAUCAGAAUGUUUUCAUGAAACACUCAAAAUGGUCACACUUGUCCUUCAGGUACAAGUUUUAAAAUGUAUUGUAAAUAAAUACUUUAUAAGA